AUGUAUUAUCUCCCAUACAUAGUGCUACCACCUGUUCCUCCUCCGCCCCCACCAGAUCCUCCAUCACCUCCUAGAGAGAUUCAUAUUGAUCCUGUUCUGGAUACCCCUGAAGAAAUCGCAAAAUGAAUUGCAUCGAGGAAGCGAAAUUUUCCAUCAAAAAAGAAUGUGAUAAAGAAAGAGAUGAAAGAAAAAGAAAAGGAGGAAAGGGGAGAUUUAAGCAAAUUUGAGCUGAGGAUGAGGAAAAGAUUAGCGCUAAUUAGAAAAAUAAAUAAAAGAGAAGAAGAGAGGCAAGGUCAAAAUCCUUUUCUUAAAUAUAUGUCUUUGAGAAAAAAAUUGCUGAACAACCAGAUUUUGACUGAGCAAAGGCUACUGCUGCAAUGCAUCAGAUAUUGCGUAAAACAUAAUUUUUUACAAGAAUAA